AUGCCUUCUCUCGCCCGGAUCCUCCUGGUCGCGCUGCCCGCGCUUGUACUCCAUGCUGUUGCCACCCCAAUGCCUUUCCCAUUGCUUCGCGCCGCCGACUAUCGCCAGCAGGAUGUCCCCUCCCGUGUCGGCACUGUCAAGACGUACCGCAUUCGACGGACGACAACUAUCCAGGAGAGCACUCACACUGAGCUCGAAAGGGCUCUCCAGACAGCGCCACUUCCUAGCCACGCUGCUUCCCCUGAGGCUCGGGAUGUCAAUGUCGUCAAUGUCCUCGGCGACUUGAACCUUCUGAACAACUACUAUCUGGCUGCCCAGGGCAACUCGGAGAACCUUCGCAAAUACGCUGCUCAGUCCGCUUCACGGUCCGAGGACGAUGGCACCUUUCAACGGCAGUGUGCUUCCGAGCUUACGUCGUUCCACACGAAUAUGCAAGGCUACUACACUGUGCUCGCGCGUAUCGCGAGUGACAAAGGCUUGGACAAGGGCUUGGCGAAUUAUGAUCGACAAAACGACUUGGAGACUUCAUUGAAGGACGUGGUCAACCUCAACAAGGAUACCUUGCAAGGUGUCACGGUCCUGGUCUACAACAUCCCCAGCCUCGGCCCUGUUCUCGGUCCGAUCGUCUACGAGGUCAAAUGUCUGGUUGACGCCGUUCUGGAUGCUACUGAGAACCUCACGGAUGCCAUAAUCAACGCCAUUCAGCCACUCCUCCAAGAUCUACUGGGACAAGCAACAGAUACGAUGUGUUCGACAGGAGUUGAUCUGGCGGGUCUUUGCAUAUAA